AUGAGCAGCCUCCCCGCCGAGCGGGAGGGGGGCCCCGCCGACCCCGGCCUGCCCGAGGAGGAGGUGAGGACGCUCUUUGUCAGCGGGUUGCCUCUGGACAUCAAGCCCCGGGAACUUUACCUGCUCUUCAGGCCCUUUAAGGGGUACGAAGGGUCUCUCAUCAAACUCACCUCCAAGCAGCCCGUGGGCUUCGUCAGCUUCGACAGCCGCUCCGAGGCAGAGGCGGCGAAGAACGCGCUGAACGGCAUCCGCUUCGACCCCGAGAUCCCCCAGACGCUGCGGCUGGAGUUCGCCAAGGCGAACACCAAGAUGGCCAAGAGCAAGCUGGUGGGCACCCCCAACCCCAGCACGCCUCUCCCCACCGCCGUACCUCAGUUCAUCGCACGGGAGCCCUAUGAGCUCACAGUGCCCGCACUUUACCCCAGUAGCCCUGAAGUGUGGGGGCCGUACCCUCUGUACCCAGCGGAGUUAGCACCUGCUCUACCUCCUCCUGCUUUCACCUAUCCCGCUUCGCUGCACGCCCAGAUGCGCUGGCUCCCUCCCUCCGAGGCUGGUUCUCAGGGCUGGAAGUCCCGUCAGUUCUGCUGAAUGCCGGGUCUCAGGUGUGUGAUGGUGGCCUACAGUCAGUCUUGUG